AUGCACGAAAAAAAUAAACGAUACAGGCUGAAAGGUACCCAAGGUCGCGCCACACACAAACCAUGUCUCAUCAGCAUCAUCGAAUUCUCAUCAACUGUCUCAUAUCACUUCCUCUCUACCCCCAAAAUGAAGGUCUUCACUUCCGUUCUCGCCAUCGCCAUGGCCGUCGCCAGCGUCAGCGCCGUCGCCAUUGAGCCCAUGUCCGACCUCGAGGCUCGCUGCCUCGCCAACGGCAAGGCCUGCAAGGCCAAUGGCUCUCUGGGCAACUGCUGCAGCGGCUUCUGCCUCGCUCAGGGCAGCAAGACCGGCAAGUGCGCCAAAAAGUCCUUUGCCAUCGCUGAAGAGAGCGUCGCCGAGGAGGAGAGUGAGCCCGUGGCUCAGAUUGAGGCUCGCUGCCUCGCCAACGGCAAGGCCUGCAAGGCCAACGGCUCUCUGGGCAACUGCUGCAGCGGUUUCUGCCUCGCCCAGGGCAGCAAGACUGGCAAGUGCGCCAAGAAGUCCUUUGCUGUCGCCGAAGAGAGUGCCGCCGAGGAGACUGCCGCCGAAGAGGAGAGUGAGCCCGUGGCUCAGAUUGAGGCUCGCUGCCUUGCCAAUGGCAAGAAGUGCAAGGCCAAUGGCUCCAUGGGUAGCUGCUGCAGUGGUUUCUGCCUUGCUCAGGGCAACAAGGUUGGUGUCUGCAAGAAGCACUAA